AUGGCGGAGUCCCCCGCAGGGGCCCGGGUGUCCCAGGAGGAGGAGGUGUCGGCGGCCCCGUCUGAAGAGCCCCCGUCGGAGCCAGACUCGGACAGCAGAACUGAUCGCCUCUCGUUUUGUACGAAGGUGUGCUAUGGCUUUGGCGGGGUCCCCAACCAGGUGGCCUCCAGCGCCACCUCCUUUUACCUGCAGCUCUUUCUGCUAGAUGUGGCACAGAUCCCUGCGGCCCAGGUGUCACUCGUUCUGUUUGGAGGGAAGGUGUCUGGGGCGGCUGCCGACCCCGUGGCUGGGUUCUUCAUCAACAGAAGCAGGAGAACAGGGUCUGGACGACUCAUGCCCUGGGUGCUGGGCUGCACACCCUUCAUUGCCGUGGCCUACUUCUUCCUGUGGUUCCUGCCCCCCUUCACCAGCCUGAGAGGCUUCUGGUACAUGACCUUCUACUGCCUGUUCCAGGGCCUGGCCACGUUCUUCCAGGUGCCCUACACGGCGCUCACCAUGCUCCUGACCUCCAACCCGAGGGAGCGGGACUCACUCACCGCCUACCGGAUGACCAUGGAGAUGGCCGGCACGCUGCUGGGCGCUGCAGUCCACGGGCUCAUCGUCAAGGGCGCCCACGAGCCACACUGGUGCGAUGAUGAGGCGCCCCGGGGGCCGGUCUCCGUGUCCCCCAACGCGACUCAUCUCUACUGCAUUGCAGCCGCUGUGGUGGCUGCGACUUACCCCGUGUGCAGUAGUUUGCUCUUCCUGGGGGUGAAGGAGCAACCAGACCCUUCUGCAACACACUUAGGCCAGGGCCUGAGCUUCCUGGCUGGACUGCGCCUCACUGUCCAGUACCUGCCCUACUUGAAGCUGGUGGUCUCCUUCUUGUUCAUCACGGCGGCCGUCCAGGUGGAGCAGAGCUACCUCGUCCUGUUCUGUACACACGCCUCCCAGCUACAUGACCAUGUCCAGAGUCUGGUGCUAACCAUCCUGGUCUCGGCUAUGCUGAGCACCCCAGUAUGGGAGUGGGUGCUACAUCGAUUUGGGAAGAGGAUGUCGGCCUUGGGGAUCUGUGCCAUGGUGCCUUUUGCAAUCCUGUUGGCGACGAUGCCCACUGCGCCUGUGGCCUAUGUCGUGGCCUUUGUAUCUGGCCUGAGCAUUGCUGUGUCCUUGCUGCUACCCUGGUCCAUGCUUCCAGACGUGGUGAACGACUACCAGCUGCAGCACGAGCACGGGCCAGGCCUGGAGACCAUCUUCUACUCAUCCUACGUUUUCGUCACCAAGCUUUCAGGCGCAUGCGCCCUGGGCAUCUCCACUCUCAGUCUGGAGUUUGCAGGGUAUAAGGCAGGAGCCUGCAAGCAGACAGAGCAAGUGGUGGUGACCCUCAAGAUCCUCAUCGGGGCUGUGCCCACCUGCAUGAUCCUGGCUGGUCUGUGGAUCCUCCUGGCACCCCCACACCAAAGAGGCCAAGCCAGCACACCGCACCAGCUGCGCUUUCAGAGGAGCUCGAGCUACAGCCUCAACUGAAGGUGGAGGCAGCUGUGAGCCGGAACAGGAGUCAGCGUCUGCUGGGCCCGAAUCUCCCUUUCCUCUUGGCCUCUUAGCAUUCCUACUUCACCAUUUGCACGCACGUGACCCAGCUUCUCUCUGGGAGAUGGAGUCUUCAGAGACGACUCCUGAGCAACUGCCUGACACAUGCCUGCCUAUUGACAACAGGCCUUCUCAGACAGGCCUGGUCUCCUGACUGCUCAGCUCCAGGCCACCUUUGCCUCAGAAAGCACCCCACUAGUAGCAGUUCCAGGAGAAAGUGAGCCCCCACCAAGCCUGGCCUACAGUCUCCCAGUGGGAGAACCUGGCCCGACCACCUGCUGUCCUAUCUGACAGGACAGACACUCUUGUUCCGUCUGCUGCUGCAGUGGACACCUGAGAGACAGGUGAACAGACCACGUGAAUACAGAGUGGAGCUGGUGGACAUGUGAGGAUGACUAGGACAGGCAGACAGAUGUCAUGAGGCCAAGAGACCCCAGAGAGAGAGGAUGGCGCAGCAGGGGGAUGAGAAGACUAAGCAGGGCAUGAGAGGCAUUUGUUAAGCUUGUCCCUUUGUUCAGAUAAGUGGGUGACGCUCCAUUUCCAGAAGUUGACACAGAUUGAUAUUAAACCACCAAAAGUCGAUAAUUUUUAUGAACAAACGUUAUUUUUGUGGAAAUGUUUCUAAAGUUUUAUAAAAUCCCAGGAACCACAGUUUUGUAGAGGCUUCAUCUUUGGGAAGAUUCACUGCAGCUUAUUUUUACAAAAUCAUAUU